UUUUUACCCUCUCUUCCCAUGCUCCUGCUUACGGGUUCUGUGUGAGGCAGAGUGCCCAGCGAAGACCAGCAUCAUGCCGACUACUUGUGCAAGGUGCACCUUGGGAGUCUGACCCAUCAUGUGCAAAUGGACACCUACUACCGCUGGUCUCCACUCCGACCUCACCUUUGCCGGCUCAGCCCUCCCUUCUUAUCCUUUUCCCUUGUUAUGCCUAUCCCUGCUCUUUCUGGCUUGCUCUUCUCUUGGAGGUUGCCCACCUGCACUGGGGCAUGACCCCCUUCAUGCGCUGGCACAGGGCACAAACUGCUCGUGGACACUGGAGCGGCACACGCGCAGCUACAACCACCUCGAGGGUGACGUCCGCCUUCGGCGCCUCUAUUCCGCCAACAAGUUCUUUCUCUGCAUCGACAAGACAGGCAAGGUGGAUGGCACCCGUCGGAAGAAUUACCCUGACAGUCUGAUGGAAAUCCGAUCUGUCAGUGUGGGAGUUGUCGCCAUCAAAUCUGUCAGCACUGGCCUGUACCUAGCUAUAUCCAAAAAGGGAACGCUCUUCGGAUCGGUCAGAUACAGCCCCAGCUGCAAGUUCAAAGAGCGCAUCGAAGAGAACGGCUAUAACACCUACGCCUCGUUGCGCUGGAAGCACAGGGGGAGGCAGAUGUUCGUGUCACUGAACGGCCGAGGGAAGCCCCGCAGAGGCCACAAAGCUAGACGGAGACACCCAUCUACUCAUUUCCUCCCUAUGCUGGCCACAUAGCUGGACUCUUCCUCAUGAGCAAUGCUAUACCAUCUGCAUUUGAUGGGGACUUGUUAAAUGUUAUUAAGUUCUGGUUUUGUUUUUUCGCCUGAGUACUGUACAGUACAUUAACUUAUUACUCUGGCUCAGCUUAAGACCCAGUUCAGUUUAAAGCAAGGGUGUUAAUAUGAUGUAUAUACAGGUUACGUAUUAAUGUUAUUGUUGAGUUAACUAGGCAUUUACUGCAUCUAUCCGUUAUCCUAUUAUGGCAGAUUUCUGACUGACAUCACCAACCUAGACUCAUUGUAAAAAAACAUACUGUACAUACAAUUCCC